ACUAUUCUUCAUUCUUUAAAAGAAAAAAAAUAUUCUAAUUGUUGGAAUCCUGAUUUUACGAAUUCUGAAUUUUUUCAUUGUGAAAAUUUGUCAUUACUGGAUCUGCAUUGGGUUAUUGAUCAAUUGGAGCAUGAGUUUUCACAGCAAAUAGAACUUUGUAUCUACUCCUACAUUUUGUUUUGAGAUAUUUUGAAGAUAAUCUAUCCAGAAAACUUUAUCUUGUCAUGUAUCUAUAUAUUCACAUAAAAGUAUUUGCUAUUCCAACAUUUAAAAUUGUUUUUUAUUAGAAAUAUAAAAGGAAAAUGAAGUGUAUUAUAUCUAACAGUUAUUUAAAAUUGUUUGGUCGUUCUAUCCAUUGCUUGUCAAAAAUUGGAGAUGAAUUAUUUCUUGAAGCUUUAAGUGAUGGGCUUGCUUUACGCUCUGUAAAUUCAUCCAGGUCUGCAUAUGCAUGCUUUAAUUUUACAAGAGUUUUUUUUUAUGAAUACGACCAAGGCUGUGAGUUUAUUGACAACUCAAAUCCUGCUGAAAUGCUUAAGUGCAAACUUUCAAUGAAAUCCUGUCUCAAUAUUUUUAAAUCUUUACAAAGCAUUGAAAAAAAUGUUGAUCAGUGCAAAAUUGAGUUUCGACCAGAUGAAUGUCGUUUGAUUUUCACUUUGUUUUGUAAGUAUGGCAUUACUAAAACUUAUAAUUUAACCUAUCAAGAGAGUGAAAGCCUGCAAGCAAUAUUUUCAAAAGAGUUAUGUCCAAACAUGAUUGUUGCUCAGAGCAAAGUCCUUCAAGAUACUGUUUUGAAUUUUCCAAAUAAUUGUGAAGAGAUUGUUUUAACUGUAUGUCCCCAGUUUGUCAAAAUCAAAAACUAUGUUGAACCAACCGAACCAGAUUUUAGCAAGGUAGUUAACACUGAAAUGACCCUUGCACCAGAAGAAUUUGAUAAUUUUCAAAUUGGUAUUGAUACAGAAGUAACAUUUUGUUUAAAAGAAUUGCGUGCCAUUCUUGCUUUUACAGAAUUUGUCAACCAACCUUUAGCACUUCAUUUCGAACAUCCUGGAAAACCCAUAAUCUUUGCAUUGGAUAAUGAUGAAGUGUAUGAAGGUCAUUUUGUCAUGGCAACAUUGUGUGAAAAUAAUUCUUUUACUCAGCAAUCUAAUGUUUCAGUCAAUCUGCAUGCCUCAAGCAUUCAAACCGAUGUCAAAGCUCUCAAAAGUAGUUCAACUGUUAACUUAUCUAGUGCUCUUAAAAAUAGUUCAGCUGUUGACUCCUCAAAGCAUAUUAGAAAAGAAGUUUCAACUAAAAAUAAUUUGAAAAGGGAAAAUUUUCAGAAAUCAAAGAGUCAAAUAAAUUUUGACAAUAAUUUUCCCGAAGAGGAUGCUGAUCCUUUUUUUUCAGAAUCCUGUCCUUAUACUGAGUUUAUGAAAGUACCAUCUACAUCAAAUGUUACAAGCUCGCUUUCUUCUAGUUUUAUAAAUUUGAAGACUUCAAUAAACGACAGUGUAACUAAAGAAGUACAUUCAAAAACACCACAUUCUCCUGUUAAAAAAAAAUCUAAGUUUUUUGAUGACUCUGAUAAUACAGAAUAUGUGAAAAAUAAAGAAAUUCAACUUUUAUGUGCUGAUACAGAUGAUGAAAGCAGCUAGUUUUUCAAGAAAAAAGUUAAAAUCAUAAAAGCUUAAACUAAGUUAUUUUAUUCAGAUGUUUUUUUAAUUGUGUCACAAAUACUGUGUGACGUCAGAAAGCAUAAAGUAUAUGUUCAAGUCAUCUAAAGAUGCAUUCGCGUUUUAUACACAUUUCAUUAUAUUACUGCGCAACUUUAUUUAUAGUGCUAAUGCCUUUGUUAUUUGUUUUACUUCGUUUAUUUGUUCUACUACUUAUUAAA